AUGUCCGAAGAAGAAACCCUCCUCACAAAUCUCUGCACAAUCUGCCACGUCCAACCCCCUAAAUACCGGUGUCCCCGAUGCUCAACACGCACAUGCUCCCUCCCCUGCACACGCCGACACAAACUAUGGUCCCAGUGCUCUGGCGUCCGCGACCCGGCCGCGUACAUGCGCCGCAACGAACUAGCCUCCGAAUCCUCAUUCGAUCGCGACUUUAAUUUCAUCACGGGAAUUGAGCGCCGUAUUGAACGGGCGGGUCGCGAGGCAGAGAAUCGCGGGGUUGGCGUUGAUGGGAGGAAUGGGGUUCAUGAUCGCGGUGUUGUGGGAUUGGAGGGUGAAGGUGAGCCUGAGCAUGGGCUUGGAGAUGCGAGGGGGAAGAGGAAGAGGGGUCCUGCUCUUGGAGCUGGGCCAGAUAGGGGACUGGCGAAGGGUGAGGCAGGGUUUCUUAGGAGGGCGGAGGAGGCUGGUGUGAAGGUUAUCAAAGCACCGAAGGGAAUGAGUCGCGCGAGGAUGAAUGGGUCGAAGUGGCAUGCUAAGCAAAAGUGUUUACAAUGGACUGUGGAAUUCGUCACGGACGAUGGGUCGAAAAGGGUGAAUUGCACGGAAACAGUCACAAUCGCUGAGGCCUACGAUCGGGCGUUCCCUUUACCCAAGGAGGAACGACAGAUGCGCAAUCAAGAAGCCGCCCAAGAAGCCGUGCAGGACGAGAAAAAAGAAGAGCCUUCGCAAUCGGAAGCGAGUGCUUCAGAUACCGUCCCAGAGCCGACGACGACAGAAGCUGCCAGCAACGAACCUACAACUUCCCAACAAAACACAACACCACAAACAACCGAAACUCACCCUGCCCCCCACCGCAAUGUAUACCUCUACCUCCACCGUCCUCGCACUGCAACAAAGCAGCCAGUUCUUAUUCCUCUGGUCCCAAAUACAAGCCUCACAACUGCCCUCCACGACCGCGUCGUCCUUGAAUUCCCUACAAUCUACGUACGACAAGCUCCGCUAGGCGAUGAACACGAGCAGACGGAGGAAAGUUCUAAAUUCAUUCUCGAAAAUGAGUAUCUACGGACGCACCAGGAUACGAAUACCGAGCUCGAUGACGACGCCGCAGUGGAUACAGACGCGGUCUUUGGGACGGGAGCUGUGGAUAUUCCAGACGUAGACGAGGGCAAGAUGUUGGAGGUUUUGGAGAAGGAUCUAUUAGGCAGAGGCUCCGCACCGGUAGCGGGGGCAUCAUGA